GGUGCUGUCUUCCUGCGGAGAGGCCUUCGUUUCGUCCUCGUCCUCGUCUCGUCUCGAUCAAUCGUCGCGUCUAUUGCUGCUGCUGCUGCUCCUCCUCGGCCUCGGCGGCGUCAUCGUCGUCGUCGUCGUUGUGGUUGUGGUCCUGCCAGUGAUUUCACCGUCGGCAGCGAGGAUAUCGCUUCUUGUUGGGGGAGAGUCUGAUUUGAUCGAGCGGUUCGUCGAGGCGAGGCGGGGCGGGCGGGGUGGAUCGUGCAGAGAUCAAGAAGAUUUGGAUCGAAGGAAGGAGAGAGGGAGAGGGAGAGAGAGAUUGAGAGAGAUUGAGAGAGAUUGGGAGAUUAGAGGAGGGAGGGAAGGAGUGAGAAGAGAAGAGGAUCACGAUGAGGAAAGUGGACAAUGCGAGUCAGAGCGCAGGAGGAUCGUUCAAUAAUUAUCAGUUCGAUUUUGGGCUGGGAGGAAGCAAGAGCUCGUCGAACGCACCGCUCAAAGAUCAGAAGCCUUCAGGUUCAUACUCGCAACCUUGGAGUACACCCGUAGCACCUAAAGCUGCACCGUCGCACACGUCGACAGGUUGGUCGCCGUAUCAGUCGUCUACCACCACCACUUCUAGUUCGGGAUGGGCGAGCCAGUCGAAGCCCGCGGGAGGACCCUCGGGCGGCAGCUCUUGGGGCGGAGGUGGAUCUUCGACGACACCCCAGACCUGGGCCGGGUACAAGCCUAUGACUCAGCCCGUGGGCCGUCCCUCUCCCAUGUCCUCGCAGCCCUUAGGAGGCAUGAACUCCAUGAAUGCAGCCGCUAACCCUUCCUACCGAUCAGACAAUGUCUCUAAGUUUGCCGCUGCGGGAAUUGCUGGUGUCACCGAAUCCAAGAGUGCUGAUGUGUUUGGGGAUUUGUUGGGGGCCGCGCUUAAUCGGUCUAAUACUCCUCUGAAUAAAGUUGCUCCUAAAACCUCGUAUUCCAUGGGAAAUUUAGGUGCUGCUCUGCCCAAGAAUCCGGAGGAGUUUGUACGACAGGCCACGCCUCCUCUAUCCAGCAGUAAAUCCACGGAAUCGUUCUUGAGGAACAAUGUUUCUCCCUCUGCCGGGGGUAGUCCGUUCCCCGACAUCAGUGGUAAGCCAAGCUCUUCCUUCUCGGAUGAUGUCUUCGGUUUCGGUAGAUCUUCAUCUGCCCCUCCUCCUGCGGCGAGUGUGGGGUCUGCAGAUGCUGCAUUUGGUUUUGGUGGUUCUUCAAGUAGUACUGCAUCAUCUGGAGGAGAUCCUUUCGCUUUUGGGUCUCGGGGCAAGAAUGCCAUUGCAACUCCUCAAGCAAAAGCGUCUUCUGCUCCCAUGGCAGACCCCUUCGAUGUUUUUGCUCAGAAGCAAACGCCUUCUACUCACAGGAAGAUAGCUGACCCUAUGGAUGCCUUUUUCACCAAGUCUACGGCCCCCACUUCGAAAUCCCCUCCCUCAGCUCCAGCAGCAGCUGCAGAUGACAGUUGGGGAAUGUUUGGCGGUGGCUCUACGGCUGCGUCCCGAGGCGGUGGCGGUAGCGAGCCUAGCACAACGGAACUAGAGGGAUUACCUCCACCUCCUGGAGGUGUCACUGCGGAAUCAGCCUGUGAGAAAGGAUCAGACUUUUACAAGAAUGGUCAAUUUCCGGACGCGAUCAAGUGGCUCACUUGGUCCAUGGAGUUAGCUGCUGGCGAUAAGGGACUGAGUGUGAAGGUUCUCACAUGCAGAGGCUCGUGCUUCAAGGAGAUUGGAGAAAUGAAGAAGGCGGUUGAAGAUUGUUCCAAGGCAAUCGCGUUGAAGCCCAACGACACGACCUUAAUUAUGCAGCGGGCCAGUUUGUACGAAAGCAUGGAGAAGUACAAGCUUGGAGUAGCAGAUUUGAAGAUGGUGACGAAGCUAGAUCCGAGUAAUAGGCUGGCCGUUGCGACACUAGUCCGGCUUCAGAAAAUGCUUGACCAAUAGUAAGUUUUCUGAGCCUUCGCCUGAACCCCAGCAGACUUCUGAGACAGUGUGCCGCUCUAUAUAUAAUGUAGUAGAUUGAAUCUGUAGAAGGAGAAGUUGGCCGUCACUCAGGUACUGGUGUCAUGAGAUUGUCACUGGUUAACUGUAUAGUUCGAUUCAUUAGCCAUUCUUUUCAUUUGCAAGUUUGACAUCGAAGCAAACUUGCAGGUGUGUGUACCGUUCUCACUAGGAGCUUUGUUUACAUAGAAUGUUUCCACCUCAGCUCUUCGAAAGCAGAGGUCCUUUUAGCUCUAUUGAAAGCUAAUUUUUAUCAGAAGUUUGAGGUUGCCCGUCUUUGCCGUUUUUGGUGAUAACGUAUUUCACUGAAAGAGAUUAUGAUUCACGUCUUGCGACAUCGUGCACG